AUGCCGUCUUCAGAUUCUCAGUCACCGCCACCUAGAGCACCACAUGUCCGAUUGAACAGUUCACAGGCCAACCUCCUGACCAAUGAAGAGAACAACUACCGGCCGUCAGCGCCUCAAAGCCAAGGCUCCAACAUUUCCAGAUCUCUUAUGACUCAAUCAACACCUCCAACAGCGCCAUCUAUACGCAAUAAUCCUGCCGUGAACAAGCUUUACAGCAACCUUCCUGCAGACUCAUCAGAGACUCUACUUAUCCCUCCAUCAAGAUCAAGAACGCAUCGAUUUCGAGAUGAAGAAUCUGCGCCUGGCUCGCCUAUCGAUACGCCAUCAAGAAGAACGAGUAUAAGUUCGGAUGGAAAAGGAGUGGAUCACAAAUUGAUAGGAGUCGACCCGUUUGCGGAUUCCAGAACUCCCUCAAGAGCCGGUAGCGAUGAUGAAAAUGUCAAUACACAAACUGUAUCCGAGAAAUAUAACAUAUUGCCAUCUGCCGGGUUGCUAUUGUUUCCGGAAGAUGUGGAAAAAGAUGACUGGCUACAUAAUCCUGAUCCUAAUGAUAAGGAGGAACGAGAAUGCAACAUAUUUAAUAGGAGGGGCUUGGUGAACAUUGGCGGUCUAGCAUGCGUAACGCUGGGGCUACUCGUCUUAUUCAUAGGAUAUCCGGUUUUAACUUUCGUGCAACGCUUUACUGGGCCGCUUGACCCUUGCGAAUCAAACCCAGACUGUUUAGACGUCGGCAAAGUCCCACUGCUCAAAAACAUAAGGACAGGUCUUAUAGACCCCGACACACCGAAUAGUGCAAGGACCAAGAAGGCCCCAGAUGGAACUAAGCUGAACCUUGUUUUCUCCGAUGAAUUCAACGCUGAUGGACGGACUUUCUAUCCUGGAGACGAUCCAUUCUGGGAAGCCGUUGAUUUGUGGUAUGGUGUGACUGAAGAUUUAGAAUGGUAUGAUCCAGAUGCAGCAACUACCGGGGGUGGGACACUAAACAUCAGAUUCGACGCUUUCCAAAACCAUGGUUUGAAUUAUCGAUCUGGUAUGUUGCAAUCAUGGAAUAAGUUAUGCUUCACUGGCGGCCAAUUAGAGGCUUCGAUAUCUUUACCUGGUAGAGGAGAUACUAUAGGUUUCUGGCCCGGCUUCUGGUCAAUGGGAAACCUUGGAAGACCAGGCUACGCAGCAACAACAGAAGGAAUGUGGCCCUACACCUACACAGAUAAGUGUGAUCUUGGGAUUACCGCAAAUCAAAGCAUGGUUGAUGGGUUGAGUUACCUACCUGGAAUGCGUCUACCUGCAUGCACAUGCCCUGGAGAAGACCACCCAAACCCUGGAAAAUCACGGUCGGCACCAGAAAUCGAUGUGAUUGAAGCGAGUAAUGCCGCUUUGGGGCCAGGGGAUACUAAUUACAUCGGACAAGUGUCUCAAAGUUGCCAGCUUGCGCCUUUCGAUCUCUGGUAUCAACCAGACACAAAUUUCAUGGAAGUGUACGACGACAAAAUCACCCGAAUCAAUAGCUAUCAAGGCGGUCCGUUUCAACAGGCCUUGUCUGGGCUCACGAAUUUGAAUCACGACUGGUACAAUGGCAAAGAGUAUGCCCAGUACAGCUUCUAUUAUACGCCUGGGUAUAGAGGAUCGAUCACGUGGACAGUAGCCGAUGAAGCUGUGUGGAAGCUCGACGCUCGCUCAAUUGGACCUAAUGGUAACGUUGGUCAAAGAAUCAUCCCUCAAGAGCCCAUGGCCAUGAUUAUGAAUUUUGGGAUGUCGACAGGCUUUUCGAAUAUCAACUAUACCGGCAUCGCAUCGGUACUUCCAGCGACCAUGCGCUUCGACUAUGUUCGAAUCUACCAAAAGCCUGGCUCGGAAAGCAUAACCUGCGACCCGGAAGAUUAUCCAACAACACCAUACAUUAAGAACCAUAUGGACGCUUACACGAAUCCAAACAAGACUCUAUGGCAUCAAACCAAAUAUUCGUGGCCGAAGAAUUCGUACGUGAACGGCUGCAACAAAUCCUAG